AUGGCUCCUCAAAGUCACUUCUUUGUAACUUUAACAAUCAUCUUGUCUGUCUAUGUCCUUUCUCCUUCACCAUCAAUGGUAGCAGCUUCUCCAGCAUUAACAGUCAAAGUAUGCGAUGGCAAGUCAAUCUUGAAUCGUGAUUUCUGCUUUAAAGUUCUUUCAACUUCCCAAGCUGCAGCUGCAAAAAAUCCGAACCAACUUACCAAUGCUGUCAUGAAAUCAGCAACAUCAGCUGCUCAAACUACGCUUAAUGUCAUCUCCGGAAUGACCAAGAGCCCAACUUCACCCGCGGCUCUGCAAGCUUUGAAAACUUGCGAGGACGUCUUUAAAUAUGCUGUCAGAUCAUUUGGAAUGAUAUCUGCAGAACUGCGUGAAGAUGCAAUGACCGCAAACUAUGAUGUUAGCGUUAUUGGCCCUGAAGCUGAUAGAUGUCGCAAGGCAAUGGCAGCUGGCAAGGUUAAUGCUCCCCAAAUUGCCGAUGGAAAUCGAAAUUUGCAGUAUUAUUCUGCAAUGGGAAAUGAAAUUACAGCUACUUUGAAUUGA